CUCACAUCGCAGAGAAUCAAGCUUGUUAAAGUAGCAGAAUUUGAGAUACGACCUGAUCUCCAUCAUCUUCGUAUCCCUCGAAGUUGACGAGAAAGGAAGAUGGGGUGUAAACAUGCAGACAAACCAAAGCAGAAGCACAAGAAAGGUUUAUGGUCUCCAGACGAAGACUUGAAGCUCAAAAGCUACAUCCUCAAACACGGCCACGGCUGCUGGAGCUCCGUCGCCGUCAAUGCUGGUCUGCAAAGGAAUGGAAAGAGUUGCAGGUUAAGAUGGAUUAAUUAUCUUAGGCCUGGACUGAAGCGAGGAAUGUUUAGUGUAGAAGAGGAGGAAACAAUUCUGACCCUCCAUGGCAUGCUCGGCAACAAGUGGGCACAGAUGGCACAGCAUAUGCCUGGAAGAACAGAUAACGAGAUAAAAAACUACUGGCACUCUUAUCUGAAGAAAAAAGUAGCCAAAAUAGGUGAAACUGAAGCUCAGGCCAAAGCAGAGAAGUCAAGUUCAGCAAGUUGUUUGGAAUCUUCACCUUCCUCGAUGAAGUCAAAUCCCCCAACUUCUACCAUCGAAUCAACUGAACAAUUGGAGAGCUCAUUGAUGUCAGACGCAGAACAAUCUGUUUCUCAGUGUCAGAUGGACCUUCCAAGAGAAGCUUGCAGAAGCAACUUGCCCAGGGUACUAUUCGCCGAGUGGCUUUCAUUAGAUCAAUUUCGAGACCAGAACUGUGAGAGUUCAGGAAAUCCAGUGGUUGCCACGAAUAAUUUGGUUUACUACAAUUCCGACUUUCAAGAUUCUUUCAUGCAUGACUUAUUGCUCAACGAAGGAACAUUUGGCGGGGGAAAUCACCAGGGGCUAAGUAAUGGCGCCGUGGACGACAUCCUGCCGCCAGCUCUCAAGUUUGAGGACCAAAUUCUAGAAAACAGCUUUGUUGAUUUUAUAAAUGGCCGUUUCAGUCUGACCAGUGAUGACCUAUAUUUGUGAGGUGAUGUUUGGUAAUCCGGGAGCUGCUCUGGGGAAAGAAUACAGCAGCACAUGAACUUUCGUUUGGCAAUUUAGUCUGCAUGCACAGAAGCAAUAAAAAGAUUAAGGGUUCAUCAUUUGGCCGACAGUUAGGAACAUGAAAUAGGUCCAAUUGGUAGUUUUUGUUCCCACGAAUUUGCUUUCCAAAAGAACAUUUUCUUGUAAUUGUUGUA